AUGGAAACACGUCGCGUCUCGGACCUCGGGCCAGCCGAAUGGUUCAACAUCGAAGCCAAAACCGAGUCUGCGGGAGGAUCUGGAAACGGAAACGCACCUCAAAGUGGACCGGCCCGGCGAGAAUUCAUUACGCCCCGCACGGACGGUAACGAAGGCGAUACAGAAGAGGAAAACGAGGUCAGGCGUACCACUUCGAUCAUACGUAGCCGUCCAGAAACGGAUGAGGAAGAUGAUCUAACAAUGGUGCCGCGCCAUCACGUGCCACCACUUCUCCGGCACAAUCAAGACCGAUCCAAGGACGAGCAGUGA